CACACAUGCGCGCGGUGGCGGCGGGCAGGCGGCCGUGGCGGCGCUCGGUGAGCGGCGGGAGCGUCUCGGUCGUGGGGCUGUUCUCCUCACACCCCUUCCCCAAGCUCCCCACCUCAGGCUGCGGUGCGAGAGGCGGCUGCCCACGGCGCCGGCGGGAGCCGGUUGUGCCUCCAGCCCCGCCAGUGGCGGCCGCCUUGAGGUGAGGCGUCUGUGUGCGGGCGCGCUCGCCUCUGAGGGGCCGCCGGGGCCCGCCGCCGCCCAGACCAGAAGAGCUGCAAACCAGUGCCAUUUCCAUGCUGCCCUGAGGAGAAUCCGCUGACUGUGGUCAGCUGGUGUUUAACCACAGUGGCUUGUGGUAGCACCAAGUGUCCUGUGAGUCUCAGCACUGACUAGAUCAGCUGAUGGCAGCGAGGAACACACGUGGAAGCCAGGAACUGUUUUCGCAACGAUGAGAUGCUGCACCCACCCACUGCUCAGGAGGUUGUUGGGUCUCUCACCUCAGUGCACAUCAGGGCAGUUGAGUCAAAGUAAAGGUCCUGUCCUCGAUCCAAAGUGGUUAUCGCUGAGGCAGAGCUGCAGUGCAAGACCUGGUCUCAUGACUGCCACUGAUGUGGCCAACUACUGGCACAAGGUGUUUGAGACAAAUGGGAUCCCCGAAGCACGAGAAUCCAGUGAAUAUAUUGUGUCGUUUGUCCUGGGAGCCAAAACAUUUCAGAGCUUGAAUUCCAGAAGCCUCCACACUCCACUUACAGCAGUGCAGCAGGAGCAAAUCCAGCAGCUGAGCAACAAGCGACUAGAAAGAAUGCCAGUGCAGUACGUGCUUGGUGAAUGGGACUUUCAGGACCUGACUCUGAAGAUGAGACCCCCAGUAUUUAUUCCUCGGCCAGAAACAGAGGAUCUUGUCUCUUUAGUUGUGGAAGAAGAAUCUCGGAAAUGUGAGAAGAAUUCAGGCCUCUGCUUCCCAGUUCCUGUCCCUCAUCCUGUGAUCCUGGAGAUUGGCUGUGGCUCUGGAGCAAUUGCUCUGAGUCUGUUGUCCAAACUGCCACAGAGCCGGGUGAUAGCCAUGGAUAAAGAGAAGGCUGCUGUGGAUCUCACCAGGGAGAAUGCGCAUAGGCUGCAACUCCAGGACAGGAUCCACAUCCUCCACCAUGAUGUUUCAUACAGUUCUGCCAAGCAGCUGCUACUCUGGGGCCCCGUAGACUUUAUAGUCAGUAACCCCCCAUAUGUCUUCCAUGAAGACAUGGCUUCCUUGGAUGCAGAAAUCCUCUGCUAUGAGGACCUUGAUGCACUGGAUGGGGGAGAUGAUGGGAUGAGAGUCAUCAAAACAAUUCUGACUCUGGCUCCUUCUCUUCUGAAGGAUUCUGGGAGCGUAUUUUUGGAAGUUGAUCCCAGACACCCAAAUAUGGUGGAGAACUGGCUACAGGCACACCCCAACUUACUACUUGUCCUUCGUGCCAUUCACAAGGACUUCUGUGGCAAGCGUAGGUUUCUGCACAUCCAAAACCAAAGCGGGUGACAACUGUACCAGAAAUAACUCUUCUUGCAGUAUGCUUUUUGCUGGUGAGCCCUGCUGAACAGCUUAUUGAAAACUCUGCAUGGCACAAAGAAUCUCCACUUCGUUCCCCAGUGCACUGAACUCUCUGUGCAGCGGCAGACCCCCUUGUUUCCUGAUACAGACUUCAUCCAGAGAUGUAGAAGUUCAGCACAGCAUGUAGAAGUGUUUCACUUUCCUUGGGGAAUUGCAUGCAACUUUUCAGUUUGCUCUGCUAAAGUGACUCAUUAAUCUCAGGAGCCAGUAUGGAAGAGUUCACAGCUCCAGAUAUUUCAUUAAAAAUACAACUUCUCAACAUGUCAGAUCACUCAUUUGACCUAGAAAGAAUUUCACUCUUUUUUUUUUUUUUGGCCUUGAGUUAAAUUUGUAUAGAAUGUGACCAGAUUGGAUGAUGGGUCCAAACAUGGAUUUGCUGAUAUAAUGGGAUAUGACUAACCUGCACAUUUCAAAUUCAGUUCUAUUCCAGGAUCCUGAUGCCUUGGAGUAGAUCUCCAACAGCAAAGCAGCCUUCAUUUCCCAGUCCUGCUGAGUGACGUGUCAUUGAAGGAUCAGUGCACAUUACACUGUCUGAAUCUACAGCACCUGACACUUGGUGGAUGCUGCCAGAAACAAUCAAAACACUGUAAUAAAGAUAGUGUUUCAGAUCAGUGUCCUUACAAGAAUUGCUGGGCAAUUACGUUUUCAAACAUGCUAGCAGACCUGAAUAAACGUCAGGCACCCGCACAUUGCUUCUCAUAGUAAUGAAAUGCUUAACUUUCACGUAAGGCAUUUAAAUGCAAGACUUUACAAAGAAGGCCAGAAUUGCUACUCCAGUUUUGCAGAUGGAGAAGUUGAAAAACGGGAGGUGAAAUGAUUUGUACAAAAUUUGACAACAGGCUAAGUUUGGAGUAGGACCUGACUCUUGACAGCCGUGGGAAUAGCUGAGGUCUGUUUCUUUGAGAAGGAUGACUCAGAGUCAGGCUGCCUGAAACAACACUGAGAGAAGUCCCUGAAAUGGACAGUCAGCAUCAUGACAUUAUAAAUAAUGGCAGGAUUAAAUUCAAGAUGCUUCAUGUUGUUUCCAGCAUUGCAAGUUCCCUUUCUGACUAUAGCUAGCCAGGGAAGGAAGGCAAGAAAGCACACCAAAGGAUCUGGUCUACCAGUCUGAAUGGAAACACUUGCUGGGCCAGUGGAGGUGAGCGUUCAGUAGAGGGCAAAAGCGUCCAGACAGUUACAGGUGCUAUCAGGCUCUCUGUCCAGGCUGAACUGGGAGUGCCUGCCCAGAAGCAUUAGGUAGGAGCUGCAUCAGCAAACCACAUCUGUUUGGAAAGCUGCAGCAGAUUCAGAGGACUUUACAUGAGCGCUAAUACCUCUAGUCCUUUUCCCCUCUACCUCUCCCACACUCACAUUCCCUGCUCUUUCACUCACUUUUUAACUCUUGAACAUUGGUCCUGCUUUUCCACAGAUCCCUGAGCACUCUCUGAUGUACCAGCACUCAGGUCUCCACUUGGAUCCUCUCCCCACCCUCUGGGCUUUUACAGCUUUGUCCACAGACUGGCCUUUCACCCCAUCAUACCACUCACACUGCAUUUAACUUCCCACCGUUCUGCACCCCUCAGUUGUUUACCAUGUCCCAUAUGCUUUUUACUUGAAGUUAUAAGCCUUCUCUGGACUGCAGUACACCUGCCCUGGUUAAACACAGUAGAGGAAAUCUAGGCAAGGAGAGAACUAAAAAAGUUCAGUUAAAGUGCUCUUCAUCCUAGGUUUGGAAAUAAAGUUCCAGCACUGCUGAUUUCUGGCAGUUUUGCCUGCUAGAGCUGUGAGUACAAAUUCUAGUCAAAGAGGUGUUGUUUUGUUUGAGUUUUUUAAAAUAAUAGUGUAGGGUCUUUUUUAAAGUUCAGUUUGUCAGACUUAUUUCUUUAAUUUUUAAACAAAGUUCAUAGAUUUCAUCUGGGUAUUGGCAGUGUUUAUGUAUGAAACAGGGCAACCCACAGAGCUUACUUCUGCAGGAUACUUUAAAAGCUGCAUAGUUUACUGGCUUAUAAGAGUGUUUAAUGGCAUCAUAUUGCAUUCUUCAAGGGGUAGGCUGAUUCCCUGCAGCAGGCUGGAGUUAGAUGUCCCUCUCAGAGCGCUGGUGCCUGGGCUGCAGAAAGUGGUGUGCCUUUUCUUGGAAGCAUCAAUCACUUGUCAGAGCUCUGAGCAGGACGCUUUAUGAGACAGGCUCUUGGUCUAAUCCAGUAGGACAAGUGUUAAAUUCCUAUAUUUAUAGCUAAAGCAAUAAUAAAAAUGCUUGCAUUUC